AUGACUGUCUUCGGAAUGGUUUCCGCUGUAGCGGGCUUCAUCAAAGUCCGCUACCUCAUCGACAAAGCUAUGAUAGACAACAUGGUAUUCAGAGCACACUACAGGAUAACAUCCGCCAUUUUGUUCCUUUGUUGCAUCAUCGUUACUGCCAACAAUUUGAUUGGUGAUCCGAUCCAGUGUAUAAAUGACAGAGGAGUACCAGGUCACGUGAUAAACACAUACUGCUGGAUCACGUACACCUUCACGUUACCUCACGAACAGGGGAAAUACAUUGGCACUGAGGUAGCACAUCCCGGAUUGGGUAACCAAAAUCAAGACAGAAGGUACCACAGCUAUUAUCAGUGGGUGCCGUUUGUACUAUUUUUCCAGGGAGUUCUAUUCUACAUUCCCCACUGGAUAUGGAAGAACUGGGAACAGGGAAAAAUCCGGAUGGUAACCGAUGGUUUGAGAGGAUCUCUUGUAGGAGUAGGGGAAAAACCUGAAAGGGAACACAGACAGAAUCGCUUAGUGCAAUAUCUCAUCGAAACGAUGCAUUUACAUAACUCCUACGCUUUUGGAUAUUUCGCCUGCGAAGCACUGAAUUUUAUCAAUGUGAUGGUGAACAUCUUCAUGACAGACAAAUUCCUGGGAGGAGCAUUCCUCACCUACGGCACCGACGUCGUCUCCUUCUCCAACAUGAACCAGGAGAACCGCACCGACCCCAUGGUGGCCGUCUUCCCCAGGGUCACCAAGUGCACCUUCCACAAGUACGGUCCUUCUGGCUCCAUCCAAACACACGACGCUCUCUGCAUCCUGGCACUCAACAUCCUUAACGAGAAAAUCUACAUUUUCCUUUGGUUCUGGUUCAUCAUACUGGCGCUGCUUUCAGGAUUGGCCAUUGUUUAUUCUGCGGCUGUUGUUAUGUUACCCAAUACCAGGGAGACGAUUCUGAAGAGGCGGUUUAGACUGAAUACGCCGAAUGCCGUUGAGACCAUCAUCAGGAAGACUCAGGUUGGUGACUUCUUGCUUAUCCAUCUUCUGGGACAAAACACCAAUCAGUUGGUGUUUGGAGAAAUCUUGGAGGAGUAUGUGAGACGACUAAGUUUCGGGAGCAACAGUAACUUACCUUCUGCUCCUAGCACUCUAGAAAUGAGCCCCAUCUACCCGGAAAUAGAAAAGUUCAAAGAAACGGACGCAUGA